AUGGCUCAGGGGAAGCAGAAGUUCCAGCCCUCCACACUUCAGAGGGCCCCAGCAGCCCCAUCUGCCUGCAGUCCCCAGGGAGAGGCUGUUACCCCCCUACUCUUCUCCCCCAGGCCCCUCACAGGAGCUCUCUGGCCCACCGGCUGGGGAUCCCCACCCUGGGGCCGUUCAGCUGCUGGCAUUGAGUUCUGCUCCCCUGGGUCCAAAUGCUUCUCUCCCUUCUCCCAUGUCUCUCUUCCAGGCCGGAUAAUUGCUCCCAAGAAAGCUCGGGUGAUCCAGCAGCAGAAACUGAAAAAGAUCGCACCACUGCACGCGCCAGCGAGGACAAACUGCACGCGACUCAAUAGAAGCAGGUCCCUAACCAUCAGAGGAGGGAGGUUCUGGAUCAGCCUCCCAGUCAGCGCAGUGGGGACAACACCAGAACUAGCUUCGCGAUGGAGCUCGACCUUGGAAGUCGGCAUCCGGAAGAAGAUUGAACACGAGGUGAUGAUGAAAGCCAGCACCAGCAUGGCCAAGAAGCUGACCGUGGUCAAAGCACCGGAGAAGGGAGCCAAGAAGAAGGGCCAGUCCAGCAAGUCUCCCCUGUAACCUGAGCUGCUCAGCUUGGAGCCCUGUGUCGGAAUGGAGGGACGGGGGCCGCUGUGUGUCCCUGAACACAAGCGCUUUUGUAGCUACUUCCUUGGACUUGUUCUUCCUCCUCUGUCUCCCACGGUUCAUAUUCCCCCAUGGCCUGUUCCAUGCCUUGUAGCUGGGGCUGGGGGCUGGCUUAAGCCUACGUGGUUAACCUGCCUCGUGCCAGAAAGGGCUCCCGUCUUGUCACCUGGGAGGAUGCUGAGGCUGACGGGGCAGGGCAACUCGGUGGUUCUCAGCCAGGCCCCAGGCGAGGGAUUCUCUGUCCCUUCCCUACGGCAGGAAAGUGACUGAGGCCUGUGCUCCCUCUGCUGUCCACAGGUCUCCCACUGCAGAGUCGGGAAGGGUGUUGCCUCAGGCAGGAGCUGGUGCAGCCACGGAAGAGUUAGCGAGAACAGUCUCAAGGCUUUUGUUGGCUGGUGAAUUGCUGGCUGUGGACCCUCUCCUCCCAAGCCUGGGAGCCCUGGUGGAGUUUGUGGCAGCACCUAGGAAAACCUGCCUGUGUGAAUUACGCAACUGGGGCUAAACUCAUUUGCUGUGAGUGGAAGGGGAGCAGCUUGGGCCUGUUGAGCUGAGCUGCUGAAUCUCAUGUUCUCUUACCAGCUCCCUUGACUGACUCCAGCCAUGCAGAUUGGUCUCUGAAAACGCCUCGGGGAAAGGGACAAGCUGCCGGGGUGUCUUC